CCGGAAGUUUGAUGUCUUGGACCUUGAUUGCAAGGCCGUGUCUCUUAUUAUUUUCUUCCCGGACCAUAACCCGAAGGUUGACCAGUCCUGGUCAGACGUCCUUGUCAUUGGUGCCACAGUUUCCAGUCCAGUCAUCAGUUAACUUCAGAGGCAUCAGUACUGCUAACGUCAGUAUGUCCCCAGAGGACUGGGAUGCACGAUGGACAGAAGGGCGGAUCGGCUUCCAUAAGGCCGAGGUCAACACGUGCCUUCAGAAGUAUGUGGAUGACAUGACUCGCAGGAGACAGAAAGUCAAGGUGUUGGUACCUCUGUGUGGGAAGUCGGUGGACAUAAAAUGGCUGGCUGACCAGGGUCAUACAGUGGUUGGAGUGGAGUGCUCCUUACAGGCAGUGGAAGCAUUCUUCCAGGAGAGCGGCCUCACCCCGACCAUCCGUGAUGUACCCAACCUUAAGGGAGGAAAGCUCUUCCAGAGCCAAGAUGGAAAAGUUUCUCUGUAUGUAUGUGACUUCUACGACUUUUCUAGGGAUGUAGAAGGAGACUUUGAUGCAGUGUGGGACAGAGGCUCUUUUGUUGCCAUCAACUCAACAGACAGGAAAAGGUAUGUAGACCUGAUCCUGUCUCUUAUGAAGCUGAGUGGAUGCUGCCUUCUCGUUACACUGGAGUAUGAUCAAAGCAAACAUGCUCCUCCUCCUCACAGCAUCCCACCAUCUGAUGUGCAAGACAGCUAUGGUGCUAAAUGUGAUGUGCGCCUCCUGGAGUCAGUUGAUGGUUUGACAGAGAGGCACAGGACGGGCUGGGGACUGAGCUCCCUUCUUGAACACUCCUACCUCAUCACACCAAAACUACCUGAGGGACAAACUGUCAACAAAUACGGAGAGGUGGAGAACUUGCUGGUGACUCCUGAGGACUGGGAGGUUCGAUGGGGCAAAGGUCACACUGGGUUCCACAAGUCUGAAGUUUGUGGUUCUCUUCAAAAGUACAUAGCAGAUAUGACAGGAGGGAGGUCAGAGGUCAGGGUUCUGGUGCCCCUGUGUGGAAAGACAUUGGACAUGAAAUGGCUUGUUGACCAGGGACACACGGUUGUUGGUGUGGAGUUUGCCAAACAGCCUGUUGAAGAACUCUUCCAGGAGAACAACAUGACUCCAACUGUUAGUGAUGUCCCAGGGAUGCCAAAUGGAAAGCUCUACCAGAGUGGAAAGCUGUCUGUCUAUUGCUGUGACUUUUUUGAUUUCACAAGUGAAGUAGCAGGACAGUUUGAUGCUGUGUGGGACAGGGCUUCACUCAUAGCUAUCAAUACAGCAGACAGGGAGAGAUAUGCUGCUUCUAUAACUUCUCUCCUGAAGUGUGAUGGACACUACUUGCUGGAGACUUUGGAGUAUGACCAGACUAAGAUGAAUGGACCUCCAUACACCGUUCCUGGACAAGUAGUAGAACAGUUGUAUGGUGCCAAGUGGGACAUCCGACAUCUGGAGACAGGAGAUGGCAUGACAGCCAAUGCCAGGAAGUGGGGUCUUCAGUGGAUGACCAAAAAUGUCCAACUUCUCAGUCUCAAACCUUUAAGUUAGUAAUCCUGAAGGGGAUCAUCAUAGGAUAUAAUCUACCUCGCUUGGGUGUAAUUUUAUGGUGCAAUCUCGUGUUAAUUGUACAAACGUGUCAUGGUGUAUUUCCACUUCUCAUGCAAUAUGUGAUUGAAGCUGUUAUUUUAUGACACUUGUGCUGGUAGAAUUGAGGUGUAGUUAGUUAGUUAACAUGCUUUGUGAAUGAAACUUUUCAAUAGUAAAUAGAGUCAAUACAUCAUUCUUCCUGUUACAGAGAAGUGAAACUUUAUUCAAAAGUGUUGCUCAAAGCACAAGUACUCGACAGGUCCAAUCAUGCACAGAUACAAAAAUAUAUCCCAAAAUGACAACUA